CUUCUUCCCAUUUCGUUCCUUCUGGUUUCUCUGAGAAGCCUUUUCACGGUAGGCAAGGACCAUUUUUUUUUGGCUUCUUGCUCUUGCUCCGCCGCCGUCGUAGUCUCGUCAGCAGCAAAUAAGGAGUGUGGCUACUGAAUUCCUUCACCUAAUUCACUCCGGUUUGUGACAAAUUCAUGGGGGGACUGGUGGUUUUGGUGUGCACUGGCCGUGUAAUUUCAAAGUGAUAAGCUAGAAAUUUCGGUACUUUGCUGGCGGGAAGGUCGCGGAUUGUUAGUCUGAAUACUAGUCCCUGGAGGUGUUCGUUUAGGUCAGUUCGAAUGGAGGGUGACAGUAGUAAAGGCAACAAAGGGAGUUUAAAGACUGGUGGUGGAAGCAAUGAUCCAAGAGGUGCAUUGAUAGUUCUGGAAGGGUUGGAUCGAAGCGGGAAGAGUUCGCAGUCUGCUAGAUUGGUUUCUUACUUGGAGGGAAUUGGGCACUCUGCAGAGUUAUGGCGAUUUCCUGAUAGGACAACUAGUGUUGGGCAGAUGAUUUCUGCUUAUCUUUCGAAUGAAUCUCAGCUGGAUGAUCACACCAUCCACCUCCUUUUCAGCGCCAAUCGAUGGGAGAAAAGGUCACUAAUGGAAACUAAAUUGAAGAGUGGAACCACUCUGAUUGUAGACCGUUACUCAUAUUCUGGCGUGGCAUUUUCAGCAGCCAAAGGACUUGAUCUCCACUGGUGUAAGGCUCCUGAAUUUGGGUUGCCCGCUCCAGAUCUGGUUCUGUACCUUGACAUACCACCAGAGAAAGCUGCAGAAAGAGGAGGUUAUGGAGAUGAACGAUAUGAGCAACUUGAGUUUCAAAAGAAGGUUGCUGAAUGCUACCAUGCCCUCCGUGAUUCUUCUUGGAAGAUCAUCGACGCCUGCCGGCCAAUGGAGGAAAUUGAGAAACAACUGCAGGGCAUAGUGCUGGACAAUAUUGUGGCAUGCAAAGUUGGGAAACCCAUUUCCCAACUCUGGUCAAGUUAGAUUAGGAGGAACGUUGUAGUAACUUCGGAUUUGGGAUGGACAUUCUGCGAGUUUAAUUUGUGAAUUUGUGCUGCUGUGUGGCAGCUUCUUUGUAUCGCCGGAGUUGCUUGCACAAAUUCUAACCAAAAGUUUAUUAAACCAAGAUAACCUUUCACCUUAAUUUCGUUCUUGCUUAGUUAAAAUGGGUAGAAAAUGCCUCAGCAUGCUUGUAGGAUUUCAGAUGGGUGGUCUUCUUUCAGGAAGCUGGUAACUAAGUUAUGCGCAAAACUUGAAUCUUUGGAAGAGAAUUAGCGAUAUAAGCCAUGGGUUACAAAAUCAUGUUUUGUUCUGCAAUCCCAACAUGAUCAACGUCCGUUAACCAACCUAUCAAAAGGAACAAUGAACCUGUAACAUUUGCGUUUUAUUUUUGUUUAAUCACAGCAUGCUAUCAGCUCUGGACGGCAGCCUCCUGAAGAAAUUACUUGGAACAGAAGGCAACUUGCUCCGGAACUUGGGAUGCCUCAGCCAAAGCAACCCUGCAACCAGAGCCACCAUCUUGAAUGGCGUAAUGUAGAGCGCCACAGCCACAACGAAGCAGAACAUCACGAACAAGCUCGUAGCUCGAGGAUCCCUCCAGCUCAGCAGACCCUGAAACCUCUCCCCUUGCGUCGCAAUGUCUCCGACCACGGUCUGAAUCCUCCCUGCAACGCUCCUCAGCCUGUCGUACCUCAUCCUCACCACGUCCUGCGCCUUGGUGGUCGGAAAAGUGUCGAACUCCUCGUCCAGCUCGUCCGCUGCAACUGCCUCUGCCCACGACAGCUUGGUGUCCAUGUGAGGCGGGUUCCUGGGUCGAAACCGAAAGUUCCAAACCCCAAUCAAGAACAUGUACAGGAACACCGUGGGCAGAAUCAGCUCGGGGUAGCACACCAGGAUGAAGAACAGCACGUGAACCAACACCGUGGUCACCGGAUUCUUCCACUGGCAGACCUCGCCGAUCCACUUGCUGAUCGACAUCAUUCCGGAGAAGAGCGACACGACCCUGAAGAAGUUUGCUUUGCUCCUCCUCAUGCUCCACAUGUGUGAAUCCACAUCGAUCAUGUACUCUACCACUUCUUUUCUCAGCGGUGGCUCGGCUCUCCCAAGCCGAGUCGCCACAAUUCGCAUCGCUUGGAACCUCAAGCUGUCCACCUGGUUCACCGUGAAGGGAUGCAGGUAAUGCAUCUUGGGAAGCAGAGGCUGGCCGUAGAGGUAGAUCAUAUGGGCUAAUGACAAGCAGGUGAAUCGAACCGCGAGGUGAAGCUCCCCCAUUUUCUUCAAUCCAGAUGGUUGCAGGACGAGGAGAGGGUACGAAUUCGUGUAGAUUCGAUCCGUUUCGAGAGUCGACAGUCGGAUCCUCACCUUCCCGAUUCUGGCAUCGUUCUUCCCUCCAUCGUUGCUCCCCAGAUGGUUGUUGUCGAACACUCCGAGCGUGAUCACAGUGGAAGGAUCGUAAACCUCCCAGGUAUACUGCUCGUUCCACUUCGGAUUAAAGCUGUCGAGGAUCGUUCGAGUUCUCACCCACUUGAGCCCGUACUUGGCUACACAGUAUGCAUCCGUUGCCCCUCUCCCAUCUUUGGUUUUCAUUUGCUGAACUCCUUGCGCGCUCAGUAUCCCGACUUCGAGUAGCCCAAUCGGCUGCUUCCACAGCUGCUUGGAAGUCGGCCGCUGAUCGCUUAUGUACAUGGUCGAUUCAUCCAUCACAUGGUAACCUCCUUCCAGGCAGACCCUCAAAUGAAUCCUGCUGGAGAACUUCUGCUCGUGCCUCUUGUCCGCCUCCAGAACUCCGAACCCGAACUUCUCCAUGUUGAACCACUUCGAAUGGAUCGUUCGAUGGUCCAUCCGCUUCUCGAACGUGUGCAGCGGCAGCACGAUUCGCCCCACUGUCUCGUCUUUGGAAGGAGCCACUCUGUUUUCUAGUGUCAGCACCAGCUGUUCUUCAAACGGCUCAGCAGCUACGAACAGCAGGUCCUCAUUCCACAACGGAUUCGGAGUCUUUGUUGGGCACAGCUUGGUUUUGAGCACCUGGUUGCCAACCUGAGCUUUCACAAAAACCUGCGGCUGCUGAGUUUUGUCAUGUGGCUCGACAUCCUGUGCUUCGAUGACGUUCACCCUAAGGUACCAUAGCUUGGGGGAGACGUAAACUUUGGAACGGACAUUGUACACGCCCUCGCCAUGGACCGAUGCAGCGUCGGAGUGCCACGAGUCGGGGAAAGCCUCGUCGGCUUGUGUCCCCAUCCAGACAGCCAGCAUCACUUCACCUUUCAGCUUGGUCUCGCCUCGUCGGUCCUCUAGCCUGUACCAUUGAGGAGCUAAGGGACUGUCUGGAGGGACUCGUGUCGGGACCUCGUGCAUGUCGAAUAUCACUUUCCCUAUGUAAUCGUCCCUCCCCACCAUUUCCCUGUCUCGGAGAAACACCUCGAGGAUGGAGGAUUGAAGCUUGUCUUUGGAGAAUGCGAAGACUUGGUUCCAUAGCGGAUUGGGUUUCUUCUCGAAGUGCUGUGUUUUGCCUUUGUAGUUACCUAGCUUGACUUCCACGUAAGGGUCGCAGCUUCCUGAUACUGGGUUUGGUGGGAGGUCUCGAGCCUUCACUACUCGGACGUAGAGGUAGAACAUCUGCUCGACGAGAUCGUACGUGCUGGUGGCUCGCUCGCUGCUGAUCCAUCCUCCCCCGCCUCGUGAGCCUCCGUGGGGCCAUCGUUCUCCGAGCUGUGGCUUGGUGUCCUUGAGCUUGAAGUCUUCCUUUUGAGUGUUGGAACCUGCUGGAUUCAUUUGUGUGUUUUGGGUUGAAUGACAAUUUGAGCUUUUUCAGAGGAGCUGAUUGGUGGGGAAUUGGAAGGUGGACUGAUGAGUUUGAUGAUGAAAGGAGAGGCCUUCCAGUUUCAGAGGAGCUAAAAUGGGGACUCUGAAACCAGGUGCUUCUGCUUAUAGCUUUCAUUAUUAUGAUUCUCUGCUAUCUGUAGUCUGUAAGAAGCAUCUUCCAGUUCCACUACCAGCUGCAUAAUGGCUUU